AUGUUACACAAUCUCGACUAUUAUAUGCAAGUUUUGCAUGGUGCUUCUGGUGGAAUGUCCCCACAGGUCCAGGCUCGGAAUCAGCAAUUGCCAGGGUCUACACCGGACAUAAAGAGCGAGAUCAAUCCAGUGCUGAAUCCUAGAGCUGCUGGUCCAGAAGUGUCAUUGAUAGGAAUUCCUGGUAUGUUUUGCUCAUGGAUUUCCCCUGUUAAGGCUGAUAUGGUUGAUUUAUCCCGAUUUUUGAGCAACAAAUAA